UCUGUUCAAUUCAGAGUGGUUAUUGCACGCAGUUCUUCCCGCUAGGCAGUACGUCUUUUUCACAGCUCCAUUAGGACUAACAGAGGUGAAAGGAAGAGUUGGAGCAUAACACCUCAUCAGAAUCAUGAGACGAACUGGGACAUCAUCUUUCCUCUUCUGCGCUCUUCAACUCACAGUGUUGUUGGCAGUUUUCUCAUCUGAAAUUAAAUAUGUUACAGCUGGGAAUUCAAACCCAAGCCUCGGAACAAACUCUUCCAUUGGCAACCAAACUAAUAAGAAGUGUGAUUCAGUGGAUACUGAAUGCAAAGUGGGUGUCAUUCUGCCCAUAUGGUUACCAGAGAACCCAUCCUUUGGUGAUAAACUGGCAAGAGCCACAGUUUACUUUGUGGCCUUGUUUUACAUGUUCCUGGGGGUCUCUAUCAUUGCGGAUCGCUUCAUGGCAUCCAUCGAGGUAAUUACAUCACAAGAGAGGGAGAUCACCAUCAAGAAACCAAAUGGCGAAAAAGUGACAACCACGGUGCGUAUAUGGAAUGAGACGGUGUCCAACCUGACCCUUAUGGCCCUGGGUUCCUCAGCCCCGGAAAUCCUACUGUCCGUCGUUGAGGUGUGCGGUCACAACUUUGACGCAGGUGAUCUGGGCCCGAACACAAUUGUUGGUAGUGCUGCCUUCAACAUGUUCGUUAUCAUUGGAUUCUGUGUUUCUGUCAUUCCUGAUGGAGAGCACCGGAAAGUCAAACAUUUGAGGGUAUUUUUUGUUACCGCCACCUGGAGUAUAUUCGCGUACACCUGGCUUUAUCUCAUCUUGGCUGUCAUCUCUCCGGGCAUCGUACAGGUGUGGGAGGGCCUUGUCACACUGUUCUUCUUCCCAUUGUGUGUUGGGAUGGCUUACGUCGCGGAUCGCAGACUUCUUGUCUAUAAGUACAUGUACAAACGCUACCGCGCAGGGAAACGAAGAGGGGUGAUCAUUGAGACGGAAGGGGAGGCGCAAAUACCUUCAAAGAUGGACAUUGAAAUGGAUGGGAAAAUGCUCAACUCAGAGAGCUUCAUGGACGGAGCGAUGGGUUUCGAUGAGAAGGACCUGGAUGAGGAGGAGGCCAGAAGAGAAAUGGUUCGGAUCCUGAAGGAACUGAAGCAGAAGCAUCCAGAGAAGGAGACGGAGCAGCUGAUAGAACUGGCCAACUACCAGGUCUUGACACAGCAGCAAAAGAGUCGCGCCUUCUACCGAUGCCAGGCUACCAGGAUCAUGACGGGAGCAGGGAACGUACUGAAGAAGCAUGCAGCAGACCAAGCCAGGAAAGCUGUUGGUGCGUACGAGAUCCGCUCCGAAGUUUCUGAGAAUGACUUUUCGUCAAAGGUCUUUUUUGACCCCGGUACAUACCAGUGCUUGGAGAACUGCGGUACAGUGGCCUUGAAUGUAGUACGCCUUGGUGGGGACUUGACUAACACUGUUUCAGUGGAAUACCGUACCGAAGACGGCACAGCCAAUGCAGGAUCGGACUACCAGUUCACUGAGGGCGUUGUGGUUUUCAACCCCGGUGAGACUGAGAAGGAGAUCCGGAUAGACAUCAUUGACGAUGACAUCUUUGAGGAGGAUGAGCAUUUUCUGGUCCACCUUAGCAACGUGAAAGUCAUAUCGGAGGGCACUGGCUACGUACAACCAAGGGCUAAUCACUUGGACACUUUGGCGGGCCUUGGCCUACCCUGCUCAGCCACCGUGACUAUCUUUGACGAUGACCAUGCCGGGAUCUUUACUUUUGAAGAACCGGUAAUGACCAUAAGCGAAAGUAUCGGCAUGAUGGAAGUAAAGGUUCUUCGUACCUCAGGAGCGCGGGGUCUAGUGGUCGUACCCUACAAGACCAUGGAGGGUACAGCAAAAGGAGGGGGAGAAGACUUUGAAGAUACGCACGGAGCGCUGGAAUUCCAGAACGAUGAGAUUUUCAAAUCUAUACAGAUCAAUAUAAUCGAUGACGAGGAGUAUGAGAAAAACAAGAACUUCUUCCUUGAGAUGGGAGAGCCUCAGCUGCUGGAGAUGAGUGAGAGGAAAGCUGUGUUGCUUCAAGAAAUUGGUGGAUUCGUGAAGACAGGCAGGGACGUCUACCGGAAAGUGCAGGGUAGGGAUAACCCUGUCCCUGCCACCAUUAUCAGCCUUGCAGAGGAAGGGGACGAGGAAGCUCUCUCUAAGAAGGAGGAGGAGGAACGCCGCAUCGCUGAGAUGGGCCGGCCCACCCUGGGGGAGCACGUCAAACUGGAAGUCGUCAUCGAGGAGUCGUAUGAGUUCAAGAACACAGUGGAUAAACUGAUUAAGAAGACCAACUUGGCUCUAUUGAUUGGAACCAAUAGCUGGAGGCAGCAGUUUAUGGAAGCUAUCACAGUCAGCUCUGGCGAUGAUGACGAGGACGAGUGCAGCGAGGAGAAGCUGCCCUCCUGCUUUGAUUACAUCAUGCACUUCCUCACCAUCUUCUGGAAGCUCCUGUUCGCAUUCGUGCCGCCCACCGACUACUGGAAUGGCUGGGCCUGCUUCGUGGUCUCCAUCAGUAUGAUUGGCCUGCUCACCGCCUUCAUUGGAGACCUGGCCUCCCACUUUGGCUGUACCGUGGGCCUCAAGGACUCCGUGACCGCCGUGGUGUUUGUGGCGCUCGGGACGUCUGUGCCAGACACAUUUGCCAGCAAGGUAGCUGCAAUUCAGGACCAGUACGCCGAUGCCUCCAUCGGCAACGUAACGGGCAGCAAUGCCGUCAACGUCUUCUUGGGCAUCGGCGUGGCCUGGUCCAUCGCUGCCAUCUACCACAAUUCCAAGGGCAACGACUUCCGGGUGGACCCGGGCACCCUGGCCUUCUCCGUCACCCUAUUCACCAUCUUCGCCUUUGUCGCCGUGGCCGUGCUCAUGUACCGGCGCCGGCCCGAGAUUGGGGGCGAGCUGGGUGGGCCCCGUGGCCCCAAAAUUGCAACCACCUGUCUCUUCUUCAGCCUGUGGCUCAUGUACAUCGUCUUCUCCUCCCUGGAAGCUUAUUGCCACGUCAAGGGCUUCUAACUUCUCUAUAAAGUAUCUGAAAGCAAGAUUCAAAAAGGGAUAAUUUAAAGAUCUACGAAAGCUUCUGAAAGAUCUUCGAAAGCUUCUGAGUCUUUGAAAGCUUCUAUAAGGUCUAAUAAAGCUAUUCAAAAGUAUUUGAAAGCUUCUAAAGUAUAUUUGAAAGCUUUUUAGUCUUUGAAAAGCUUCUAAAAUAAAUGUCAAUGCUUCUAAAAAGAGCCACUUUAUUGACAUCCUACGCCAUUGACUUACAUGUCCCUUUAUCCUAAAUCUAACAUCCAUGACUCUGCAUACCCUUCUCGUCCUAUGCUUAUGCCAUCUACUGCCACAUCCAAGACAUCCAAAGCAUCCACUACUACAACUAAGGCCUCUGAACCAACACCAGCCGGAUGGUGGCCCCCCAAUUUUUUUUUU